GUGUUUCUUUACACAAUCAAUGUGAUGUGUUUUUGGUGUUCUUUUUCAUUUUCUUCCGGUCUUCUUAAACAAUCAAUGUGAUGUGUAGGUAGGGUGUUCAAUUAACACACGACUCCGGUUGUGACUUAAACCGCAUUUCCCUAAGACUAGCAUGAAGGGAUGGAGGAAUAAAGUAAACGAUUACAACCUAUAUUUUGUACUUGGGGAUCUUUGGGAGUCUUUAAAGGAAUGGAGUGCAUAUGGAGCUGGAGUUCCUCUUGUGUUGAAUGAAAGUGAUUCAGUUGUUCAAUACAAUGUUCCUUAUUUGUCCGACAUUCAACUUUAUGUAGAUACGACAACACCCCUAACCAAAAGAAGCAAGACUUGGUGUGGCUAUUGCAAGAGCGUGAAGAAACUGUUCUCCGAGCUUAACGUGUCCUACAAGGUUAUCGAACUGGAUGAAGAAAGUGAUGGAGGUGAAAUCCAAUCCACUCUAUCAGAGUGGACCGGUCAGAGUAUUGUUCCUAAUGUAUUCAUAGGUGGGAAGCACAUUGGUGGCUCGGAUGAUAUUAUGGAAAAGCAUCGAGCUGGGAAGCUGGUGCCGUUGCUAACCGAAGCAGGUGCCAUCGUGAAUGCCUCUGCACAGCUCUGA